AUGACACCUGGACGAAGACUUGCAUUAGUCAGUUUCUUCUUUGGAAUUGUUGGCUUUUGCUUGACCUGCGUCGUAUUUGCAUCCUGUGGCUUCUAUUCCGCGGCAUGGAUUGAUGAAAAUGGUAACGCUUUUGAGGCAGAGCCAGGACUCUACGUGUGCAAAUAUACCGACGGAUCCGCGCCAUUUGCUGGACCUAAGAAUUUCAUUGACGGUUUUGCUGUGCUGUCGCUGGUUGCGGGAUUGAUUUCAGGAACGUUAGCGACUAUAGCUAUUGGAACAAGUGCUUUCAAUUUGAAGUUUAAAAUCAAGAACCCAGGAGUAGCCAGCUGCGGGUUUAUGCUUGCGGCAAUUUCUCAAGUUCCAACCUAUGCCGUCCUCUUCGGUGCAGUUUGUGACAUUCGCUAUGCUGGGGAUUGCAAGGUUAUUUCGAGUGGUAUUAUCAAUGCGGUUGCAAUCGUAAUUUGGAUCGUUGCCUCGUGUUUCUCUCGAUCAAUGGUUGGAAAACGACAGGAGUCAAACUCGGGAUCAUAA